ACCAAGUUUCCCACUGAUUUUUUUCGGGGUUUCUAUGGUUUUUUUGUAUGUGUGAGAAGGUCUUGAAAGCGGUUUAAACAUAAAGUUAAAAGUUGCUUGUUUACUGGCAGAGCCAAAGUGCUUAAUUUUCACGCAUUUAAUUGGAUUUUUGUAUUAAAGAUUUCUUUGUUCGAGUAGAUUGUUAAUAUAAAAUAAAUGAUGUGAUGGCUAAAAUGGCUUCAGGAGAUCUCUCUUUAACCAGUACUAGUAGUCAAGAAGAAGAAAGUCCUGAAUAUGCCGAUUAUGAUCGUACACUACGGCCACCGUCGAACUCUAGUGGCAGUACAACAGCAGGCAGCAUGAAUAAUAAUGCUAAUAAUGGCAACAGUAGUGGUGGUGUUGGAUCUGGUAAUCCAAAAAUAUAUGACACCAUUAAAAUACAAUAUGAUUCCGCACUAAUGGAACUGAAAACACUGCGGCAUCAACAUGCUGAUACGGUGCGAAAAUGUGAUAAUCUAGAAAAUCAAUUGGCAUUUUAUCAAGAGCAAUAUAAUGCAGCUAUGAAUCAAAUAAAAAGUUCCGAACGCAACAAACUAACUGAUGUGGCUGCGGAGAAUGUACGAUUGAAACAACAGAAUUCAAUGUUGGAACGUAAAUUAAUGCGUUUGGAAAAUGAGAGUGCUAAUCCGCAAGCGGAGAGAAAUGCCAAUUCAUAUUAUUGUGAUUAUAAUGAUGGCGGCUGUAGGGGUGGUCCUGGGGGAAAUGGAACGGCGGGGGGCAAAUGUGAUGGCACUUGUCCGAAAAAUGAUCAACUCAAGGAAGAGCUUAUCCUCAGCACGGAGAGAAAUAAUGAUUUGAUGAAGGAGAAGGAAAAGUAUAAAAAGAAUUAUAAUGCUGCUUUAAUGGAUUUCGAUAAGGAGAGAAAAUUCUUUUGUGAUGCACGCGAUCAAUUCAAUAUGCAACGGGAACAAUUCCAAUUGCAGCGUGAAAUUAUGGAAAAAGAAAAUCAAAAGUUGAAAAGUUUAUUGGCAGCAGAAUCCAAUAAAAUGUUAGUGAUUACAAUGCAGAAGGGUCGCAUUGAGGAAGAACUAAAUCAAUUAUUGUCGGAGAAAGACAAUGUAUUGCAGGAACAUCAAAAAAUGUCCGAUGAUUUGGCGGCAGCCAAUAAAGAGCUGGAACAGUAUAAAAAAGAUGAAAUUAUGUAUAAAAAUGAACUGAAAGCUUUACAACAAUCCAUAGCUGAUUUAAAGAAAAGAGACUUGCUAAAAUCACGUGAAAGUACUUGGUCCAAGGAAUUCUCCGAUAGCAAAGAUGAUUUCAAAGAAAUCGAAAAAUUGCGUAAAAGUUUAGAAAAAGCACAUGCUGAAGUAGAAAGAGCUGCCCAAGACACCGAAGAAGCCAAGAGAGUUAGAGAUUGGGCCAUUUCGCAAAGAGAGAAAAUUGUGCAAGAAAGAGAUUCAGUGAAAACAUUGUGCGAUAAUUUGCGCAAAGAGCGUGACAAAGCCAUUUCAGAUUUACUCUCAGCCAUAAGGGAUAGUGAGAAAAUAAAGAAACAAAAAGAUGAAGCUCAAAGGAAAAUAGAUGUUCUCAAAGAGCAACUGGAGCAGAAUCAAAACAAUGAUUCAUCCUCACGACGUAGUUUCCGCAUGAGCACUUAUGAGGCUGAGGAUAUAAUGGAGAUUGAGUUGACCAAUUAUCAUGCAGAUUGCGAUAUAGGCAUUAUCAUAGAUGACAGCCAGCAAAGGCAAUUGGUGUGUGGCGUUACAAAUGUUUCACCGGCAUUUGGCAAAUUGAAAAUUAAUGAUGUUAUAGUCAAAGUCAAUAGUUUAGACUGCCAGGGUCUCAGCAAACGCAUGUUAAUUGAUGAAAUACGCUCCACAGCUCCACGCUGUAGUCUUUUGGUGUCACGUACACGCCAGAGUAAGAGACAUUUCUAUACAGUGCAUUUGAAUUUGCAACAAAAUCCGAAUCAUGGAUUGCACUUAGACACUGGGGUGUUCAUUUCCAAAAUUGAACCCAAUUCGUUGGCAGCAUUUGAACCGGAACUGGAGGCCGGUGAUAGAAUACUAUCGAUCAAUAACAAAUCCAUGGAGGGUAUACAAUCUGUAGAAGACGUUAUGUCCAUUCUAAACGAUGAUCGCAAUGAAUCAAUAACGAUCUUUGCUUUAAAAAAUGUACAGGAUUCUUCUAAUUCCGAAACCCAAAGAAGAAUGACAACGUCGGCCGCACAAACAGACUCAAUAGACUCGAUGCACCGCGUUACAGGCACAAAGCAUCCUUCAAAAAUUGCCGAAAUGUUAAGUAAAUUUAAGGAGAAGAUACACAUUUCCAAACCAGGUUCCGAUGGUGAUCAUUUUGCCCAAGAACAUGAUGCGUUAGCAGCCUUGGAUUCAGUAUUAAGUGAAAAUUCUUCGGAGAAAAGUAAAGAAAAUCUUUUUAAACGCAAUAAAAGCAAGAAGAAGGAAAAGGAAGCGGCUGCCAAAAGUAUGGGUACUUGGCCCAGAACUAAUAUACUGCAAGCUUCACAAGAAAAUCCCACUGGCACUAUCGUACAGAGGGAAAAGAAACGUGCACCUUUGUCUUUGUUUACGGCAGGACCCAUUAAUGUAGACAAAGAUGAUGAACAUGUUGAUUCCGACGAGGCACCGCCUCCUCCCCUACCACCCGUGCAAAAUAAACCCCAAGCACAUAUACGCAAUGGGGUAGUGGGUUCUAAUGUCAAGCACAAUCCUAAUAGAAAUUCAAAUCCUAUACCUGCUUCUGUAUUGUUUCAAAAUUCAAAUUCUUCCCCGGGAAAUGGUAACAAUAACUAUACGGUUAAUAAUUAUAUGAGACACUCGGUUUAUGCCACACCUUCUGGCAUGGAGUCGGAACCUUUGGUUAUGGAACAGUCGAAACCUUUGCAGAGACCCAAUCCCAUAAUGGCAGCUGCCCCCAAUAUGAGGGCAAAGCAGACCGACAAAUACGGAAAUCCUAGAAUACAAAAUCACAACUAUCAAAAUCGUUACUCGUUAAACAUCACCCCUACAGAGCUGUAUAAGACCACAGGACAACAGGCCCAGCAGCAGGUUAUUAAUAACGGUGGUCAACAUAAUUCACAGCAGCAGCAAAUGAUUGUCGGUGGUGAUUUAAUAUCGCGUAAACAACAUUUAUUUGACAUGUUCCAUAACAAUCCGUCAGCGAACAACAAAUCCGCACCCCAUCCAGCGCUGUUUGUGCCUCUACAACCACCCCAACCACCACCUCAUUCAACGAAUUUCAUGCGAUCAAAUUCUUCGAAUCAACAGCAACAAAACUCUUUAGAUAUGAUAUCGAUGAAAUCUCAAAAUUCAAUAGAUUCUAUACUCUCCACUAAAAGUCCGCCAAUAAGCGAAUAUGCUGUACUUGCCAACUAUCCUAAACGUGGCAUUCCCAUGCCCCAAUCGGCUCCCGGCUCGGCCUCGAAAAAUGUGUCAAAAUAUCCCAGCGAUAGCGAAAGUAUUGCCUCUGGCAUAACAAGCGGCGCUGGACUCUUUCACUCGUCCAACAAUGGUCCACCAUCUAGGCACAUGCCCCUCUUUCCCUCCUUUACCCAGUCCACACAUUCGGCUAUGAGACCUAUACGUCACUCUAGUCCUUUAACUUUGCCCUCGCCACCACCUCUGCAUCCGGGAAGCGGUGGUUCAACUUCCAAUGCUCAUCCUCAUCACUUAGAUUCGUCCAUUGGUAUACCCACUUCAUCGGUGGACAAAUUCGAUAUGGACUAUAUGAAUUCUUCUACCCAUAGCCAACAUCAUCAACAAACACAUCCACAUUAUUUAAAUGACUACCCGCCUAAUAUACCCAACCACAAUGCCUACCAUCCUCUACCCAGUAUUCCGUCGUCGGGACAGGGCGUCAUCUAUGAGGGCGGUACUUUUCCUCGCAAAAAAGAUCAUCAGCGUUUACGCAUACCCUCCAAUCCAAGUGUAGCUAGUAAAAAUAGCGGUGUUAAGAAUAGUUCUGGUUCCAUUGAUCAUCAUUAUGCCUCGGGUAAUAAUCCCUCAGGCUUAAUAUCAACAUCCGUAGCUGGGUAUCCAAGUGUAGGCGGUGGUGGUGGUAUUAUGACGCAUCAUCAUCAUACAGCUUUGGCAAAUGUGGCUGCCAAUGGUGGGAAUAGUGGUCGUGGUUCACCCAUGCCACAGGUUCAUGUUGAAGUGUUAUCGCAUGGCGGCAGUAAACGCAAUUCGAAUGUGCCGUCGGAUUUUUUAUGCCCUGGAGAUCUUAGAAGAGUCACGAUUGAAAAGAGCGAUAAAUCGCUUGGUAUUACAAUCCAAUGUAAUAAUAAUGGUGGUGGUAUUUUUGUAUCAACUGUAGCCGACAAAAGUAUUGCCACUCGUGCUGGUCUUCAGGUGGGCGAUCAACUCUUAGAAGUAUGCGGUUUGAAUAUGCGUUCGGCUACAAAUGAUAUAGCAGCUAAUGUCUUGCGUCAAUGUGGUAACUCGAUAACUAUGUUGGUGCAGUACAAUCCAGAAAAAUUUCACUCAACUGAAUAUGAAGGCACUCAUAAUUUAGAACCUGAAUCUCCGGUCAAUCAUUCGGGAUCACCUACGCCACGUAAUUCUCCCCGACCACCCAUACGUCCCAUGAUGGCCUCCUUGCCACCUAUGCCAAUGCCAACAUCCCCACCCUCUUCCAAUUCAAUGACUCAAAGUGCAAUAAUGCCUCAAUCCUCUUCAAUGAUUUCUCAAAAAUCCAUAAAAGAUCAGAGUUUUGCCGAUAGUUUGGAAAAUCAAUCCGAUAUAAGCAGCAGUCAAGAUAUACCCUCAUCAAAUGCCACAACAACAACUACGGCCUCGACCACCUCCACGCUGCCAUACGAAGAGGAGCCGCGUUAUGUUACACUCCACAUGGAUAAGUCAAAAAAUCCGGGAAUAAAACUAUUUGGUGGCAAUAAAGUGGGUAUAUUUGUACAUGACGUUCAUCCGGGAUCACCUUCUGAUCGUGCUGGUGUACGAAAAGGUGAUCAAAUAUUAGAGUAUAAUGGUGUAGAUUUACGUUGUGUUACGGCGGAACAGGCUGCUAAUGAGAUCUCGAAAUUAACCGAUACUGUAACCAUGUUGGUGCAAAAUAAAUUAAAAAAAUUAAAGCAAAUCAAAGAUAAAUCGGGUGAUUCUUUUUAUAUACGUGUGGGGUUUGAUCGUACUGGUGACUUGAAUGAAGGCGAUUUACGUUUUGUUAAAGAUGAAGUUCUUUAUGUGGAUAAUACGGUUUUUAAUGGAACUUUUGGUCUAUGGCGCGCUUGGAAAUUAGAUGGUAAAGGUUAUCGCAAAGAAUGUGGCAUCAUACCUUCACAAAUGAAAGUGGAAGAAGAACUACGAGCAGCAGAAAUGGUAGAGUGUGAAAGUGGUAGCACAGCCCGUCGUGGCAGUACCUCUACCCGUCGUUCGUUUUUUCGUCGCAAAAAACAUCAACGUAGCUCUUCCAGAGAUUCAACCGAAAUCGCUAGUUUUAGCAACACACAAUUGAGUUAUUUUCCUGACUCAGGCAUCCUCAAUGAUGAUGGUGGUAUUUUGAGCUAUCAACGCGUUGAACGAUUGGAUUCUCCCGUUCGCCGACCUGUUUUAAUAAUAGGACCACUAUCGGAAUGUGUUAUGGAACGUUUGACAAUAGAUUUUUCCAAUCUCUUUAAAUUUUGUGAAGUAACUGCCAUGGAUUGUUCCCAAGAUGCCAUGGAAGAGGGACUACAACAAAAUAUAUUCGUUGAUUAUCGCAGGCGAGGCAAUAAGUUUGAAUGUACAACUGUGGAAACCAUUAACAAUGCAUGCAAGAAUGAUCGUCGUCACUGUAUACUCGAUAUAUCCAUAUCAGCUGUGGAACGUUUACAGCGUUUACAGAUCUAUCCAAUUGUUUUACUUUUACGUUUUAAAUCGGCUAAACAAAUACGGGAAAUUCGUGACUUUGGCACUGAAAAAAUCUCAGCCAAGGCAGCUAAAGAAAUGUACGAGCGGGCACUCAAAUUAGAAAGUGAUUAUAAGCAGUAUAUAUCAGCCGUUAUACCGGGUGUUAGCAUUAAACACAUGUGUACCCAAAUUAAAGAUGCAGUUGACAAGGAACAGGAUAAAAUUUUAUGGGUGCCUGUUUCCAACCUUUGAUAAGACAAAAACUAAUAACAAACAACGAAGCGACAAUAUAUACAUAUAUAAAUAUCUUCUAAAACAUAAAUGGAAUAUAAAUAGUAUUCUUUUAUUUUUAAUUUUAUUUGUCUUCUGUGCGCACAUUAAACUAUACUGUAAUUUAUUUUAUUUUUUUAUAUAUAUACAUUGAGAUGUAUGUUUAUUUUUUUUUAACUUUAAAUUGCUGUCUAACACAAGCUUAAUAAGUAUUUUAUUUUUAUAUUUUUUUGUUUUGCUUUUUAAGGAAACUGCAAAAUGUGUUUGUUUAAGCUACUUAGCCUUACUUUAAUUUUAUAUAUAAAAAAAAACAAACUUGAAUUUUUUUACUAUUAGUAUUCUUUUUUUUUUCUCUUAAUUUUGUGUCGUUUUAUUUGUUUUUUUCUUCUACUAAGCGCUUUAAUUGAAAAGUAUUUUCAUUUUAUUAUUUUUAAAUAAACACUUUAUGCUUUAAUAUAUUUUUGAAUAUUUUCUCUUUAUUGUUUAACAGCUUAAGUUGCAUUUUCUUUUCUUUAUAUACAGUGUGUCUUAUAACUUUUAGCUAUAAUAUGUUUGCUUUGCCUUUUUUUCUUUUUCUCUUGUUGUAUUUAUUAAAUUUUUAUUAUUUUAAGUGAUUUUUUUUUUUCUUGUAGCUUAUUUACUAUUAUUACAACAACUACUACUUAUUAAAUGUAUUUUCAAAAUAAAUAUUUUUAUUUUCUUAAAAAAAAAACUUAUGAUAAAACUUAUGUAAAUUAAGUGCCUUUAAGUGUUUAUUUUUCCAAUUAACAAUUGAAAAUUGUUAAAUUUUUUGUAAAAUCUUUUGUAAUAGACAAUAAUAAUAAAAUUUUAUAUUAAUAUAUAUAUUUUUUUCUUUAUAUAUAUCCUAUAUACACACAACACAUAUAAUCUGGGUUACAGGGUUCUAUUUAAAUAAAAAUUAAAUAUUUUUAAUUAUUUACAUUUUACAAACAAAACUAUAAAUAUAUAUAUUUGAUGUUUUUAUAUAUUGAAAUAAACAAAAUGUAACCUAAUAUUUAUACAAUUACAAGAAAUACUUUUUUUAAAUAAACAUUUUUAAAU